AUGGAGACACCGCUGGGCAUGUCCGACACCUUUUGGACGGGACUCAAGGCAUACUGGGAUCAAGAUGAGGUUAAGGCCAUUUCUAGGCGCGCACGUGAGAACCGAUACUCUGAGCCCGAUGGAGUUGGUACAGGGAUCAGUCGGCACGUUGGAGGGUCUCAGUCGAGUCGUAUUCUGCAGCAGAGUCUGCUCGUGGAUGGUGAAGUCCCCCCAACUGCAUCUAACUACAGCACUUUCCUCCGCCUACACAUGUACGCAGAUGGAACUUUUGUGUCAGAAAAGGAUGCCAACCUUGAUGCGGAGAUUCAUCGUGUUGCUGCUGAGACAGGACGAGAGGACCGACUCGAUGAGGUCUACUUGGAGCUCGUACGUCCCGGUAGGUCACGACUGUACGGCACUAGAAGUGCUGGUGUGAGCCAGUUCAGUAGGGGGUCUACCAACAGUACAUGCUCUUCCCAGAUGUCUCAGCGGAUGUAUGAGACUCGGAUCUCCACACUGGAGGAGCGUCUCCAAAAGGCUGAGGAGGAUAGGGCGGCCCAAGAAGCAGCACGUGAGGCCGAACAAGCAGCACGUGAGGCCCUUGAGCAGCGGAUGAGUCAGUUCGAGGAGAUACUGAGGCGGUCGGGUCAGCUACCUUGAGCAUCACUUCUAUGUAUCUAUAUCA